AUGACAGGACAAAGAAAGCAAUUUGGUACACGUUAUUUGAGCGAUGAAUCGGAAGUAUUCAGACAUAAUGCAUGGGAUAAUGUUGAAUGGAAACUGGAACAGGAAGAAGAAGCACGUAAUAAGAUAGCUCUUCAGAAGGAAUCACCUGUUGCUUCUCAGGAAAUUGAAUAUUUGCUGCAAAAUCCUGCUGAACAAUGGGACACAUUCUACCGGACACACAGGAGCAAGUUUUUUAUGGAUCGAAAUUGGCUGCUAACCGAGUUUCCAGAAUUGAAUGUCGAAUGCCGAAAAUUGGAUGAUCCACUUCAUGUUUUGGAUGUUGGAUGUGGUGUCGGUAAUGCCACAAUACCUUUGCUACAAGCAUCUGAACGAUCUAGAAAAAUGUUUGUUUACGCUUGCGAUUAUUCACAACAGGCAGUGGAUAUUCUGAAGCAGGAUACGGUGCAGUGGUCUGAUAGGUGUAAACCGUUUGUAUGGGAUAUUACAGGACAAGUAACGGAAGUCAUACCUGUGGGAUCCCUUGACAUACUCCUUUGUAUUUAUGUACUUUCGGCACUCCCACCAGAAAAGCAGAAGCAGGCAGUUGACAACUUAGCCAGUUUGCUGAAGCCAGGUGGUAUAUUACUUUUGAAAGAUUACGCACAGCUUGAUAUGACGCAACUGAGGUUCAAGAAGAAUCGUUUGAUAGAUGAGAAUUUUUAUCGUCGUGGUGAUGGAACUUUGGUUUAUUUUUUCACUCAGGAUGAGCUGGACAGGUUAUUCACUGAAGUUGGCUUACAAAAAGAAAUUAAUGUUUUGGAUAGACGAUUGAUAGUAAAUAGAGCUAAACGAGUAAAAAUGUACCGCAUGUGGGUGCAAUGUAAAUAUGUGAAAAGUACUUUGUUAUGA